UUAAUGUUUGAAUUAUUAUGGGAAAUUGUUCCUUAUUUGGUUGAUAACUCUAUUGGCUUGCAUAACAAUAGAAACAAAUCAAAUGAUCGGUCAUAUUUGUUGUCAAAAUUAAACAAAAAAAGACUUAAAUUGUAACAAUUAAAACGUCCCCAAUUAACUAAUUCAAGAAAGUGCUUUCAAUCAAUACUAAAAACCUUUGGACAAAUUUUCUAACAGAGGCUUAUGAGCUUUAAGCAGUAACCAUUUGUGCCUCUUAACGACACCAUUGAUGUUUGACGCACACAAUGUGCCACGUGUCACACGUGCCACAAUACGCGUCUAAACGGUACUCGGAUCCAUGACAAAUACAAUACAAUGUAAUACGGAAACCACAACACCAGUAACAAUUAUCAGAUGGAAAGUGAUUCAUUGAAUAUUAAUUAUUUCAAAUUGAUCUAAAGAAAUGGAAAGAACCAAAAAGUUGGAAUCUCAUUAAGGAAACUAAAAAUAAUUGGUUUUAAUUGAACGAUCUCUUUCAUCUUAAUCCAAGCAGAUUAACUUUAUCCCUUUCAUAUUUUAUUAAUAUCUGAUUAGAAUGGUGUUGAAAAGAUGAGGGGGAAAUUGCUGGAAAAAUACAAUCAAAUUCAUCGCUUGAUUAUUCAAACGUAUUGACAUGAGUUGAUGCUAUGAAUGUUGUAACUUUUAAUUACAAAAGUCUUUUAGUUAAUCAUUUACAAUUUUCACUUGACUCUAUCAACAUUAAAAAUCAGUUCAAUUUAUUAAAUUUUCUUUCGAUUGUGUGAAUACUUUAAUUACCAAAUGAUAUCUGCUCGUUGGUCGUGUUGGAAUCACACUCAACUUUUAAUAUCAAGUUUCCUUUGCCUUGGAUUAUUAAUCAUCAAUGUCACAAUCAACGAUGGACUCUCAAGUUUGGUUGAGGCAAAUUCUGAUCUAAUUGUCAGUGCUUCGGGUUGGGGACAAUCAAUGGUUCCCAGCAGUUCACCGACAUGUCACUGUCCCCCAAGGCCAGUUAAAUAUGUCGCUAUUGAGAUACCAAAGAUAAUUAAAGUCCCAGCACCCGCUCCGCCUGCAAUGAUGAUGCCUCCGAUCUCAAGUCCCCCCAAACAAACAAUAAUCCCAAUCACGAUUCCACUAUUAACUCAUGUUCCCGCUUCGGCUCCAGCUCCAAGUCCAAUGGUUCCUCCGUCUUCACUUCCUCCAUCAUCUGAUACUUGGUCAAUAUCAUCAAACCCUUGGAGUAAUUAAUCCCCAUUCUCAACAGUAACAAUUCAAAUCAUCGUAUUGAUUAAUUUUUUAAUUUCAGUCAAUGUUUACCUCAUUUAAAGUGUUUAUUUAUUACCCGACAUUAAU